UCUCUCCUUGUUUCUAUAUAUUCUCCUCUCUGCUCCUCUUCGGUCUCUGUGACACACACUAUCUCUCCUUUUUUAUUUUGGCUUUUCAAAAUCUGUGUAAAAAUGGGAGUGAACUUGAAAGCAAUUGGGGGGUUUGUGCUUCUUUCAUUUUUGUUGUUUGCUGUGGUAUUAUCCGAGUCAAAUGAUGGUUUGCUUAGAAUUGGAUUAAAAAAGGUGAAAUUUGAUAAGAACAACCGGAUUGCUGCACGGCUUGAUUCCCAAGAGGCUUUGAGAGCUUCUAUUAGGAAGUAUAAUCUCCUUGGUAAUCUUGGAGAAUCUGAGGAUACUGAUAUAGUUGCGUUAAAGAACUAUUUUGAUGCUCAGUACUAUGGUGAGAUUGGUGUUGGGACUCCUCCUCAGAAAUUCACAGUGAUUUUUGACACUGGUAGCUCCAAUUUGUGGGUGCCAUCAUCUAAGUGCUAUUUGUCGGUUGCAUGUUACUUCCAUUCCAAGUACAACUCUGGAAAGUCGAGUUCCUACAAGAAGAAUGGAAAAAGUGCUGAAAUUCAGUAUGGCAGUGGAUCCAUUUCUGGUUUCUUCAGUAUUGAUGCUGUCGAAGUUGGUAACCUGGUUGUGAAAGAUCAGGAAUUUAUCGAGGCAACUAAGGAGCCUAGUAUCACAUUUUUGGUGGGCAAGUUUGAUGGUAUUUUGGGACUUGGGUUCAAAGAAAUUGCAGUAGGAGGUGCUGUUCCAGUCUGGGACAACAUGAUUAAACAGGGUCUCAUCAAGGAACCGGUAUUUUCUUUUUGGCUUAACCGCAAUGCGGAUGAUGAAGAAGGGGGAGAAAUUGUAUUUGGUGGGAUGGACCCAAAUCAUUACAAGGGCAAGCACACAUAUGUUCCUGUGACACAGAAAGGCUAUUGGCAGUUCGACAUGGGUGAUGUCAUUGUUGGUGAUAAAUCAACCGGGUAUUGUGCUGGUGGUUGUGCUGCAAUUGCGGAUUCUGGAACUUCCUUGUUGGCAGGUCCAACGGCUAUAAUUACCAUGAUAAAUCAUGCCAUUGGAGCCUCUGGAGUGGUUAGCCAGCAAUGCAAGGCUGUAGUUUCACAGUAUGGGGAAGUCAUUAUGGAUUUGCUGCUGUCCGAGGUACAGCCAAAGAAGAUCUGCUCUCAAAUUGGACUCUGCACAUUUGAUGGAACCCGUGGCAUAAGCAUGGGCAUUCAGAGUGUGGUGGACGAGGGCAAUGACAAGUCAUCUGGUGUUCUUGGUGAUGCUAUGUGCUCUGCUUGUGAAAUGGCAGUUUUCUGGAUGAGAAGCCAGCUUCAGCAGAACCAGACACAAGAUCGUGUAUUGGACUAUGCCAAUCAGCUCUGUGAACGUGUUCCAAACCCGACAGGACAAUCAACUGUUGACUGUGGAAGUGUUCUUUCAAUGCCUAGAAUUGCCUUCACCAUUGGAGGCAAAGAGUUUGAGCUUGCCCCAGAGGAGUACAUUCUCAAGGUUGGCCAAGGUUCAGCGGCCCAGUGCAUCAGUGGCUUUACUGCUUUGGAUAUACCUCCUCCUCGUGGACCUCUUUGGAUACUGGGAGAUGUUUUCAUGGGACGCUACCAUACUGUCUUUGAUUCUGGAAAGCUUAGAGUUGGAUUUGCCGAGGCAGCGUAAAGGAUUUUUCUUUGGGGUCCUUGUCUCAAAUUCCUCCCCUUUAUCAACUAAUAUGUAAUGUAGGGAGUCACUGGCGAAUAUGAAAGUGCUGGCCGCAGCUUUAAAUAAGUAGUUUUUCUUGUAGAUAUUCGCUUGCUUGCUUCCUUCUUUCAAGUUUUAGUAGCAGAGAUUGAUGCAGUAGAGAGUGACAUGAAGUGAAUGUGGGUUUAAGUUCCGUGUGCCUUUCCCCCCCUUAAUCCAUGCAGUUAUCUGA